AUGGAAACCAAGCUCAUACUGCUCGUAUUCUUCUUCGUCUUUCAACUUAGAACUUCUAAUGGAUUAUAUGUUAAUCCAACACUGCUACGGCCUGAUACGGGAGCUGUUUGCUUGACUGGGAAGCCAGCAUCAUAUUACUUUCUCGAGGGAUUUGGCAAGGGAAUUCACAAUUGGCUAGUAUAUCUUCCUGGAGGAGGAUGGUGCGCCACUCCUGGAGAUUGCAUCAAAUAUGCUAAUGAUAAAAAUAUUACCAUAGAUCCAGUACCAUACUAUUUUGGUACUAUUCUGGGCAAUAACAAAGAAAAAAAUCCAGAUUUCUUUGACUGGAAUAAAGUUGUUAUCACUUAUUGUGAUGGCUCAUCAUUCACAGGCAACUCCCAAACAAUUUACAAUGGCACUAAUCUCUACUUCAAAGGUGCUAGGAUUUUCAAUGUUGUUAUGCAAGAAUUGCUUCAAAAAGGGAUGGGAAUGGCCCAAAAUGAAUCUACUAAGUCAUUACCCAAAACUUGCACAUCGAGAUUAAGUCCACAUAUGUGCUUCUUUGCUCAUAAUGUGCAGCAAGACAUCCAAACUCCUAUCUUUUUCUUGAUGUCUGCAUUCGAUAUUUUUCAGGUGUCAUCAACUUUUAUACACAAUGAAACAAUACAAAAUUGCAUUGUGAAUGAAACUGCUUGUUCAAGUGAGAUUUAUAAAGUCUUACAAGAUCUAAGACUAGAAUUGUUAAGUCUAUUGCCGAAUCAAUCGAAUUCUUCAUCAAAAGGGGUCUUGAUCACCUCCCCUAAGGCUCAUGGACAAAUACAAUCUGCUAACUGGUACUUAGACAUGGUCAUUGAAGGGAGUAAUGAGACAAUUGCAAAAUUAUUUAGAGAUUGGUACUUUGACAAUAGAGACGUUCAUAUAAUUGAUAAAUAUCCAUAUCCGUAUUCCAAAAAUUUUUCAACAGUACCAAAUAACAGUCUCACCUGA